AUGGCAUCAAAAAAUGGACAGUUACAGAAAAGUCUGAGUUCCCUCAGCUCACAUAUUCAUGAAUGGAGUGAGGCUGCUCAGCCAAAUAAACAAGGGCUCGUGCAAAGCAAGAAGCGACGCAUAGAUAGUGGGACACGUUCUAAAGAUGGAUCUUCUAUCAGGGCUUCAGAGGAGUGGUACCUGAAACAUAGGCCGCGCAAUCUCCAGGACUUGGCACUCCACAAACAAAAACUGCAAGAUGUACGAGAUGUACUUCAAGCUAUGAUUUCAGGAGAAAGUGAGCACAGGAUACUUUUAUUAACGGGGCCAGCGGGCUGUUCGAAGAGCACAUCUGUUCACUUACUGUCAGAAGAGCUAGUUCAAAAUUAUCGUGAAAAGACGUGCACAAUGUUUCAGAUGAGAGAGUCAGCCGCUCCGUCAGUAGUAGAGUACGAUAGCAACAACUACUCACUUGGUUCUUCAAAGCUCGACCACUUUGACGACUUUCUAGGUCAAUCGAUGUACAAAAUCGGACCGAACUUGACUAUUAUUCUUAUCGAAGAUUUUCCCAACGUUUUCAACCCUCAAACACGAAAUCUUUUCCAACAAAGCCUGCUACGCUGGCUUUAUAGUAGUCAAAAGGCCUUACCACCGCUCGUGAUCUCCCUCACCGAAUGCGCAAUUCAAUCAACGGAAACUACCAGUUCAUUCUUUAGUGUUGACACUCAGUUUAUUUGUGAAACAGUAUUAGGACGCGAGGUUCUCAGUCACCCAGGAGUUAAAAGGAUAAAAUAUAACCCUAUCAACAAGACUCUGCUCAAAAAACAUUUGAAAAACGUCUGCGUUAAAGAGAGAGAAGCUUUUUUUCCAGGUAAAUGGGAAAAGCGGGAGGUAUUCAUCAAAAAGAUUAUAGAACAUUGUGGCGAUAUCAGGUCUGCGAUUUCGGCUCUUCAGCUUUGGGCUAAAUCAGGUGCCCAGUCCGCGUUCGAUAUUGAUACAAGAGAGCAGUCUGUAUCUUAUUUUCACGGGCUCGGAAAGCUACUUUAUGGGUCAAAAGACACGGAUAGUGACAAUAAUACUAUAAACGAUCUAAUGGCGUCUACCCCUCUGACGCAAAGCGACAACUUGAAACUAGGGAUCUUAGAGAAUUAUAAUACAUUCAACAGACAAGAAUUCCCUCUAAGCUAUGCAGUUGACAUUGUGGACUCACUAAGUAUGAGUGAUACAAUGUACAAUUGGACAACAGCUCAAUCUUUGAGUGAGUCACUUGAGUUUCCGUACCGGGCGGUGCGCCAGCAAUUUUCGAGUCUUGUUGUCACUAAUACUAAGACAGAUCCGCCUUCUCACAACCGAACUGUCUUUCCGAGAGAGGGCAAGGUUAGAAAUCUUGUUAAAAAGUUUGUGCUAGAAGCGAAUGACUACAUGUUGGUUGAGCUAAAUAAAUACGGCAAUUCGCAUUCUUUUAGGGAUGUUGUGCUGUGUUUUGCCUUUUAUGGUCCGUUAAUCAGAAAGCGCCUUAAUUUCAAAAGAAAAGCACUAAUACACUUCCUGGAAUCAGUGAAUGACUCUACUGAGCAAAAAAGUGUCGUUGAGAAUAACAGAGAUGCUUUGAUGGUAAAUGAUGCUACUGAUGUGCUUGAUCGGAUCGGUGGCGAGAUGGGUAUAGUAAGUGUUUCACAUGAUUUAGCGUCUGCAGAAGAAGUCAACCAUACGGUUUUGACCAAUUCUAAACUUCAAAAUUUCAGAAAACUGCAAGAAACAAGUUUAACCAGCAGGAGGCAGCUGGGCGACCAGAAUAACUCGCCAGAUCCCGACGAUGAACCAUUCGACCCCAUCAUCGAAAGCGAUGACAGCAGCGUAAAUUUUAGUGACGACGACGAUGAAAUAUACGACUUGCUAGCUUCUCAAUCACCCCGUAAGCGAGACAAGAUGACAUAG